AUUUGAGCCAGACUAGUCCAGGUUGUCAAAACUUCCGGAAUCAGAUUCUGUGUUGAUCACGAUGGCGAAAAUACUGCGAUGGUUUGCCUACGUUUUGAUAUUUUCCCUUGUUAUAUCAGGCACAGAACAAAAGCCUCCACCAAAAGAGACCACUGAGGACUUAACAGAUGAAUUAGAGGAGACUACAACUGUAAUUUUUUCAACUGUAGCUUCUGUUACUGAGAAAGAGGAAAACAAGUCUUCCUCAACAGUGUCUGUCCCAACAACACCCAUAAAAGACAAUGAUAACAAAACAUUAACUCUCACCCCUAAACCUUCAAAAACUAGUACACCAUCACUUGUCACCCCUAUCCCAACAAAGUCUACUACUGCCACGCCAUCACCUGGCAAACCUAUCCGAACAAAGUCUACUACUGCCACGCCUUCACCUGACAACCCUAUCCCUACAAAGGCUCCUACUGCCGCGCCAUCACCUGACAACUCUAACACUACAAAGGCUCCUACUGCCGCGCCAUCACCUGACAACUCUAACACUACAAAGGCUCCUACUGCCGCGCCAUCACCUGACAACUCUAACACUACAAAGGCUAAGACUACCACACCAUCACUUGACAACCCUAACCCAACAAAAGCUAGUACUACCACACCAUCAAAUGUCAAAUCUCAAACUCCAAAGGCUAAGACUACCACACCAUCAAAUGUCAAAUCUCAAACUCCAAAGGCUAAGACUACCACACCAUCACUUGUCACCCCUAACCCUACGAAGACUAGUAACAGUACUUCCAAACCAUCAAACGCCAAACCUAACCCUACCAAGGCUAGUACUACCAAAUCUCCAACCCCAACUAAAACAACAGUCAAACAAGAAGACAAUGCACGUACAUCUCUCCCUACUUCACAAGAUUCUUCUGAAAAUAAUGAUGGUAACAAUGAAAAUAUAAAUGACUUAAAAGAUCAGAAGACCAGAAGACCUUCAGAAAAUGCAGGUAUUAAUACAGGCAUGUCCUCUCUGAAUCCAGAGUCUGAGCCAGAAGGCCACUUUAUGGCCUAUUUUCUGACUGCAGUAGUCUUGUGUGUAGCAGGAUAUGUAAUUUUCCAUAACAAGCAAAAGAUUGUGGCAUUCAUUGUUGAAGGUCGAACUGGUCGGAAAUCUUCACGCAGACCGAGCAAAGGUGGCUACCGGAAGCUAAAGCCGAGUGCUGAUGAUAUAAUGCCUUCUCUGGAGAAGUCGACAACUUCCACUAGUUAUGUGUAUUGAGACUAAGCCCAUCUUGCUGUCAUGAGUUUUUGUGUUUCAACUUUAAGCAAAAUUUUGAAAUUAUGUGCAAAAAAUUUCUCUUCAGUGUAUGAGAAUACAUGGUCAAAACAGAUGAAAAAAAGUCGGUCUGAAUAAGUAUGGUGGUAGUUGUCAGUGUAAAUGUCUUGCUUUGAUUUCUUAGCAUGCUUUACAGCAAUCUUAAUACAAGAACAGAGAAAAUUACCAGCUCAUCAAAUGGAACUUUACUUUUGUGUUAAUUUUCAAUUCUUCAAAAUAAACUAUGUAACUGUGUAAGAUAAUUGUAUAGACAAAUAAGACAUCACAUCAAUAUCCCUUUUACAAUUGUUAUGCUCUUCUUUAUUGUACUGUGGUAACUAUUUUUCAUAAACUUGUAAAUAUGGAACCAAACCUUAUAAGAGUGGGAAAAGAGACAGUGAUGUAUGUGACAGAGUUUAUAUUAAGGAUUGUGUCCUUCAAACAGCAAGAUGAGAUGUAAAAUUCAGCUACCUGCAAAGUUUUCCUUGAAAUGAAUAUUUGUGGUGUAGAGAUAAUCAUUUCCUUGUUUGUAUUUUUGUUCAACUGUAAAUGUUCAUACAAACUGUACCCUGUUCCAAGUUUUUGCUUCCACCACUUUUUGCUUGAUAUUUCAUUAAUCAUAAAUACCCUUGUGCUCAAACUACGUUCAUCCACUAAUAUGAAAAAUGUCCAGAUUACCUGUUUUUAAAAGCGCCCCCUCUACCGCUUGAAACUUCAAUACACAAACCAAAAUACAUGUAGAAAGUAGUGGAUUUUGCAUUGCAUCAGCCAUGAAAUAGCCCAGAUAAUAACGUUGAAAAAUUGUGCGAGGUAUUCCGAGUUACUAGUAAUACCUAAUGGUGAAAAGAUGUAAAAAUUUCCCAUUAUAAAUCUCCAUAAAAAAUUUGUUUUUAUUCUAGUGAACUUCUAUGAGUGAAAAAUGAUAAUUUGUCAAUGAAGCUAUUUUGGAUAUUUUCCCUUUUAUCAAUUUCAACUGUAUUUCUUCCACAGAUAUGUGUAUUUUUAUUAAAAUCAUAAAAACGUGAUGGAAGCCAUAACUUGGGACAGACUAUAUAUAUAUAGUAGGUGUCAAAUGUUAAUGGAUUUGACUUAUUUUUAUCUCCUUAUGUAUGCACCGUUGGACACUUGACCGUCAAAUUUCUUGUACUAGGUGUUAGUCAUUAAGGAUUAAUUGGAAACAUUCUUUAGUACUUGGAUGGUAGGAAAUUGCACUAGUCCAUAGAUAAGGAUAUGGAACCAUUAAAUCCUGUUUUUGAGAAACCAUUGUACCGGUGGUUUCUUUUGAUGACUGUGAUAAAACAUUUUUGUAACUAACUAUCGAGUUAAAAACUUGAAGUCUGUUGUGUUUCUGUAUCAGUGGGAAAUGGAAUGUGUAGUUUGAAUGUUUCUGAAUUACUUGUCAACAUACAAUACAUAUUCCAGAUGAGCAAGGAUUUCUACAAUUUCAUUAUUGUAGUACUGUAUUAUAAAUGUAUGUUAUAUUGAUCUUAUUAAUGGUGUGUUAAUGUAAAAUAUAAACUAAAAAAUGAAAUUCCACAAAACUUUGCGUAUCAGUAUUACAGUAAGAAGGCACUUUGGUAAGGUUUUUGCUAUUUUAUACCAGUAAUCAUUAGAAAGGCAAGAUACAAUUGCCCUUUAUUAACAAAAUCAUGCUCAGAGUUUUAUGGGUACAAUGUUAUAUUACAUGAUUACUUUGAUGUAUAUUACAGUUUCUAUACGAUAUUGAUAACUUUUACCACUUCUAAGCAGUAUCCUGCAGUAAAUGUAAUGUUUCAAAUUUUUUAGAAGUUCUGAUUUCUGAGGAGGAGAAAAAGCCCAGCCCUGAUAUUAUUUAUUUUGUUCUCUAUCAUAACAUGUAUUGGCAUAAUGCUAAAUGUUAUCAAAGAAUAACUGUUUUUUUAAUUUAAUAUCAAUUCAAUCACUAUAUUCUAGUGUGUGGGAAAUGUUUGGUAACUUCAUUGAAAAUCAUUAGUUCAUUAGACGGGUUAAAUUUCAGCCAUUUUUGAUAUGCAUAGCAGUUUUGGGGCUUUUUAAAUUAAAAUUUUAAAUUAUUUUUAUAUUUGACCAGAUUAAUUUACUUUCAAUUAUCAAUGUUGCAGUGAUAUAUGUAUGAUUUGUUUUUUUGCUGGGUCACAAACAUUACAUGUAGUAAUUUAGUAAUAUUCAGAGUGAACGUUUAUUAUGUAGAGUGAAAGAUAAUGAGUAAAACUAUUCAUUAUGUUUUUCUAUUGGUGUAUAUAUAUUAGAAUGUUAUACGAACAUAUUACAUAAUUGUUGCUCAUUCCAUUUGAUUUUUUGUUCUGCACAAACCUAUGAAAUAGGUAACAUUGCCUAGUGUGUAGAUUUCAUUUCAAUUUUAGUAAAUUAUUACUUUAAGUACUACCGGUAGUUACUAUUAUUUCAAGACAUUUUCAUAUCUGAAAAAAAAAUCAGAAAAAAUUCAAAGGUUUAAAUUAUCUCCUAUAUAUUUUGUUCAAGAUAACAAGUUUGAAUAAUGAUUUUUUUGCUUACUAUUUUACCCAAUGUUGUUUUUUUUUUAUUAAGGAAUUAUAUCAAAUAAAUCAAACUUAAGUUUAAUGUUAAACUACUCCAGGUUAUUGCAGUGAAUCAGCUGCUAGUAAUUGACUGGACAGUCUUUAGUUUCAUGUUAAAUUUGUUUGGUCCUUUAGAAACCUUAUUACUUUUUUUUAUUAUUAUGGUUUAUAUAAUUGCUAGUAUAUUUGUGACAACAUGUAUAUGAUGCUGGUGAUGUAACAGCUUGGUUUCUAUGCACAUAAGGAUUAUGUAGGAUUUAUUUUUGUUCAUUACUUUGAAUUAAAAUGAUUCAAACAUUUA